CGCGCGGAGCGGCUCUGCCUGCGUCCGCUCGUCUGACGGCCAAGGGUGGGCGCAGAUCCCUGAAGGCGCUCGGCUGCGAAUCCGACAAAAAAAACUUUGGGGUCCCCAGAGUACCGGCUGGCGGGGCGUUCGGCCGGCUUUUCGUGCUUGGUCUUGAGGCUCAGCCGCUCCAGGAAGCGCGAUGUCGAAGCCGCCACCCAAACCGGUCAAACCAGGGCAAGUUAAAGUGUUCAGAGCUCUUUAUACGUUUGAACCCAGAACUCCAGAUGAGUUGUACUUUGAGGAAGGUGAUAUUAUCUACAUUACUGACAUGAGUGAUACCAAUUGGUGGAAAGGCACGUCCAAAGGCAGGACUGGACUCAUCCCAAGCAACUAUGUGGCUGAGCAAGCAGAAUCCAUUGACAAUCCAUUGCACGAAGCUGCAAAAAGAGGCAACUUGAGCUGGUUGAGAGAGUGUUUGGACAACAGAGUUGGCGUUAAUGGCUUAGACAAGGCUGGAAGCACCGCCCUCUACUGGGCAUGCCACGGGGGCCAUAAAGAUGUAGUGGAAGUGCUGUUUACUCAACCAAACGUUGAACUGAACCAACAGAACAAGUUGGGAGACACAGCCUUACACGCUGCUGCCUGGAAGGGUUAUGCAGAUAUUGUCCAGCUGCUUCUGGAAAAAGGUGCAAGAACAGACUUAAGAAACAAUGAGAAGAAGCUGGCCCUGGACAUGGCUACGAAUGCCGCCUGCGCGUCUCUCCUGAAAAAGAAACAGGGCACAGCCUCCUGGCCCACGAGGAAUUCAGAGUUAUCUUUCUACCCAGUGACCUUGCCCUCAGAUGCUGUUCGAACAUUAAGCAAUGCCGAGGAAUAUCUUGAUGAUGAAGACUCCGAUUAAUUCCCUUCUGGAGAUUCGAGAGCUAAAACAUCUGUUGCUUUUGCCAUUCCAAAACCUUUGUCUUUGCCAGAAGAGUGUUGGUAACUGUUUUUUGUCUUUUUUUUUUUUUUUAAGUCUAUAAGAACAUGGAAGUAUGGCACUGCGUUUGCGUAGAACGUGUAAAUGGGUAGGUUUUCACCUUCAGUUUGCCAAUAAGUGACUGGAUACUUUGCUGUAUAAAGUACAUUUUUGUUCACCAGAGUAGAACAAGAAGAGAUUAUUUCUAUUUAUCAAGUUUUAAAGGAAUUAAAAAAUUUUUUUUCUUUAAAAAGUCAGAAUGGUUUUUGGUUUUGUUUUUUUGUUUUGUUUUGUUUCAUUUUAUUUUUGUUUUUUAAGUUCUUUACCUCAAGGAUUGAAAUAUUUUGAAUGGAUUUUUCAAGGGAGAAAUGCUUGUUAUAAUAAUGAACCAAAAGACUUAACAGAAAAUCGUCAGCUAUUCUGACAAAAAUAAACAUUUAAGAGACUGUAUUCCUUUUGUCUGUUUUUGUGGAUCACUAUUUGCUGGUAAAUAAAGCUCUUUAUAUUUAGGUAAA